AUGGCCAAGCCUAUUUUUCUGGUUUAGUGUUUUUUUUCGAUUAAUAUUUUAUAUUUUAGCAAUUUCAUCAAACAGACAAACAUGGUUGUCAAAGUAUAUAUUAGUGGUAUUUCUGGAAACAAAGAGGUGAAAAAACGACAACAACGUGUACUGAUGAUACUCGAUUCAAAACACGUAAAAUAUGAUGUCAUUGACAUAACGGAGCCUGGACGAGAGGCAGAUAAAGAUUUUAUGCAAAACAAUGCCAAGUCGAACGGAGCCACCGUGAGCGACCCUAAUCCGCGCUCGCCACUGCCCCCGCAGGUGUUCAACGACGAUGAGUACUGUGGGGAUUAUGAUCAGUUUGAUCUUGCCAAUGAAGUAGACACCCUUGAACAGUUCUUAAAAAUAGAAGUACCUCCAGAAGAAACUCCACAAGAGCAAAAUAAGGAAACUACAUUUAAUGGUGAUGUUGAUGCAAAAGGAAAUGAAAGCAAUUCCAAGGAAGCAUCAGCAGAAAGGGUACCUACAUCAAAGGAGACCACUCCAGCUAAAGAGAGCACACCGCAGAGAGAAGCCACACCAGCACAUGAAAAUGAGGCUCCAAAGGAGUCCUCACAAGGUGAGGAUGGUAGUGUGGAGCCUUCUGACAAAGAAGGUUCUACUGGGAAGGAAGUAUCACCAGAAAGGCAGAAAUCAGUUGAAAAAGAAGAUACACAAGCUCUUAAUGCAGCUUCUAUUGAAAAAGAGUCUGAUGUAGGAUCAGAAAAGACAUCAAAGGAAAAUAGCCCUGAAAAAGAAGAGUCUGUCAAUGAAAAUGGAACAGCAAGCUCUCGGGAGCAGUCUACAGAGAAAGAAGCAGCUGGUGACUCUGAGGCAGCAGAGAGGAAAAAGGAUAAUCCCUCAGAAGCUCUAAUUAAAAAUGAGCAAGCGGCCGCUGAAGAUUAAGGACUGGACACUAUGUUAAUCGCUUUUCAGCUCAAAGCAAGCCCUCUUAGCACUAAGCAAGCAUUAUAAAGUCUGUUCUGUUAAUGGUGAUGCAUUGUCUCACUUCUUUGGCACGAUUUAGUCAUUGUAUAUACUACAAAGAAGUAUUUGUUGAGAACUGAUGUUUGUGGCAAUGUAUAGUUACAUGUUUCCAUGAGGUGGUCUAAUAUAAAUUCAUUAGAUUUUAUUAAUCAAUUCUUUAUAAAGUUCCAUGUAAGAUUUUUAUUUAACAAUUUUAUUCUCCGUUAAGGCUUCUAUUAUUAAAGCAUCGUCUUUUAUUUUUAUUUUACAAUUUUAUUAAUUUGGCUUAUAAUCGUAAUUAAAUUUUAUAUUUAAGAUGAAAUAUUAUUUAUCAUGAGUAUAUUACUCAUAAAGAGUGCUCUUUUUUGUAAUUUUUAUUUAAGAGAUCAUUACAUGCCGCUUUAAAUGUUAAUGAAUUGAAUUAGUCGG